UGAAAGAAACACCGACGGACAACAACGCAAGGCAGACAAUCAAAUUACGGCUAUGCUUCAAAAUAUACUCCCUAUAGGCUACACAGCCCGGCCCGACUGUCGAAAAAACCCACUGGCGUGCAGUACUGUAACGACUGUGUGCAUAUAGGGUCAGCUAGUAUGCAUUACGUCCAGCCAUUUACGCAGCGCGGCAUGAAGCCAGCAUACUAACAGUCCCCUCGGAACCAGCAUGCUGCAACGAUGAUCUGUUAAUUUUAGAGAGACUGUUUAGACAUUUUCUAACUAUAUUCAUGUCGCCAAGUUAUCGAUAAUGGACCACGGACAUGCAUUUACCCAAUGGAAGAAGCAUUGUUUCAGCAAAGUUGAUUUUAGCAAGAAAGGGACAAUUGAUGACGAAAUUUAUCCGGUUGUCUGCCUUAUAAACGAUUCUUCUGACUAUUUCACCACAAGCUCUUGUUCGGGGAGAAUUAUUCUUAUUGAUGGGCUUUCAGAUUGCUCGAAAGUGCAGAAGCAGAAUUGCUCUUGGUUGUUUGUUACACACCAGAAAUGCGAAGUGGCAGAUGUGGUUUUGGGGUUACAGAAGGCAAGUGGAAAUGCUGUAUUCAAGUUUGAGCCAUUUGUACUUCAUGUGCAGUGCAAGGAUAUAGAAAGUGCUAAAAUACUGCACUCUGUGGCAGUAAACUCUGGCUUCAGAAACUCAGGUGUGUCGAUUGGAAAGAGAGGCAAAAUCAUAAUGGCUGUUCGCAGUACCCACUGUCUUGAAGUUCCACUUAGCCACAGGGGGGAGGUCUUAGUGAAUGAAAACUACAUCCACUUCCUAGUGCAGAUUGCUAAUCAGAAAAUGGCAGAGAAUGUCACCAGAAUAAAAAGGUUCUAUGAUGGCCUACAGGUGGCUCUUCAAGCAGCUGUGUCCUCAUCCAUGGCAACAGGCAAAGACAAAAAAAACACAAAAACAGUUUGGAAUCCGAGAAAGACACAAGACUCGGUUGUUGAAGAAAGCCAAAUUCUCGCAAAUAAAUCCAAUGAUUCAGAAGAUUACCUAGAGACCAGUUUGACUAUAUUUUCAUAAAAUCUGACACAGAUUUUUAAAUACUUUAGAACACAUUGCAUUCAGGACAUUGCCUAUUUUGUUGAAAUAUAUUAGAUAUUACAUCCAGUCCCUGAAAAGUUGUAACAUUCAUGAAUUGGAUUUGAUGCAGCAAGGUGUAAAUUGGUGUUCUUACCCUAAAUCCUUUUAUGUUUACCUCAUCAUUCUAUACAUUUUUGAGAGAACACAUUAAAGGUAAGAGAUGUGUUCUGUAUGAUAUAUACACUAUAUUGCCAAAAAUAUUGGGUCACCUACCUUGACCCCCACAUGAACUUCAGUCACAUCCUAUUCUUAAUCCAUAGGGAUUAUUAUGAUGUUGGUCCACUCUUUGUAGCUAUAACAGCUUCAACUCCUCUGGUAAGGCUUUCCACAAGUGGGAGGAG